AGAAUAUGGUGUUCAUGUAUGAACUAAAACUAUAUUAAGCGAAGUGGAAACUGAAGCACGUAAUUUUGUGUUUCAUUGCGCCAGAAAUCGCACCGUUCUACAUUCCUCCACCGAAACGCCAUGGCGCUGAAAUCCUUCUUCCUCUCCAAAUCCCAACUUCCCACUCUCUUCAACCGCCUCUCCUUCUCGCCGUCGCCGCCUCCUUCCAGAUACUCCUCCUUCCGCCAAACAACUCCAUUCUGCACCACUCCCGAAACCAAAAAACUAAACCCUAAACUAACAAACUUCUCCCCAUCCGAUUCAGACUCCGACUCCGACGCCGCACCGCCACGCCCCGACAAAUCCAAAUUCCCGCCGCCGUACAACCCGUUCAGCAAAGAGCCUGUCAUCAGAGAGCCCGACGACCCGAAGAAUCUGCAGGAGGUGUUCGCCAAGAUACGCGAGGACGGCCUCAUGAACAGCGCAGCCAAGAUGUUCGACGGAUUGUCCCAAGACGGCCUGACCCACGAGGCCCUCGAGCUCUUCUCCCGGAUCAAGGACCGAGGCGAGAUGCCCGACGUGAUCGCCCACACGGCCGUGAUGGAGGCCUACGCCGACGCCGGCCAGGCCAAGGACGCCCACAAGGUGUACCUGCGGAUGCUGGCGAGCGGGGUGGCUCCUAAUGCCUAUACUUAUAGGGUCCUCAUCAGGGGGCUGGCCGAGGCCGGUGCGGUCAAGGAGGCCAGCAAGUACGUCGGGGAGAUGGUGGGGCGGGGGAUGAGGCCGAGCGCUGGGGCAUGUGUGGCCGCGGUGGAGGGGCUGCUGAGGGCGGAGAUGGAGGAUGAGGCUACGCGGUUGCUGGAGAUGCUGAAGGCGAAGGGCUUGGCGCCGGAAGAGGGGAAGAUUAGGGAUUUGGUUAAGAGUAGGAGAGGGAGCGUUCCUCGUUUGGUUAUGAAUGUUUUGUAUGGGAAGUGAAUGUUUUGUAUGGGAAGUGAAUGUUUUGAUGAUAUCAAUUUUAAUCAAACCAAGCUCAUAAAUAGUGGAAA